AUGUGGCUUCUCAAUAUGAUGGGGAUGCUUGCCUGCUACAUUCUCAUCCUCGUCUUCGAAUUCUUACAUCGGUUCACGACCGUUGAGUCCGGUGUCUGCAUAGUCAACGGGAAGAUAGAAGCGCUGAUUGGUAUUAUACUCUGGGACAUCGGUGCCAAGGUCUACCUCUCGUCGCUUUUCCUCAUUCCGCUUUGGAAAUGGCUUUUCUUCCGACGUUCAGCACCGAACUCGAUAUUCCGCCGAACUACGAUACGAUUCGUGGUCGGACUUGCCUGUCUUCUCGCAGCCGCUACCGUGAACUCCUCUAUCCUUGCUGUGAUCCAUGGCGAGCCCAUGUGGAUCUGUAUUCUGAGCUGCAACUGUGACAUUCUCUUCGCAGCAGCUGUGAUCCAUUGGAUGACUACGCACGACCAGACUAGUGUGACGCCACCGCCGCUGGUGAUAUCCAACAUCGAAUAUGCCGUCGACAACAGCCACCCAAGUACGAGAUCCCGCAGAAACACUAUGGCCGCACAAUCACCACCCGAGUGGCUACGACCUGGACACCUGCAACCGCCAGCCAGUGGUCAAUCGUUGAUAGGGAUGCUAAGUGACGACGACGACAAAGAGCUGCGGUUCGCCCACCACCGCAGCCUCCUGGAGAUCGAGAGGCGAACCAGCAAAGGAGGCCCGUCAGGAACAGGCCGGGCGCCACACGGAGGAGGCAGAGCAGCUUCAAGGUCAGCGGCAGAGUACGCCGUCGACUCUGAGAAGGCUGAGACGAUGGUCGCAGCAUGGAAUGCUAUGGCGGAGAGCAGCCAUUUCAGCUUGAGACAGGCCGGACAUGGUACCGACGGGGACCGGGACCGGGAUCGGGACAGGGACAAACGGGUGGCAGGGGCCUUCGACGGGCUCGAAGAUGCGGAUCGAAGCGGUGCGAGCGACACAUCCUCGCUGUCCAGGCCUUUUAGGGACGACACGAGCAAGUCAUGGGGAAAACGAGUUGAAACCCAUGGAAUCGAUGGCAACCCGUCAAUGACCACACUGGAUGUUGAGAAGCUGGUCUCGUUGCGGCCGACGUGUUACGGUCCAACUGCACACCAAGCCCGAGCAGGCAGCGUCCCCGCCGACCACAAGGUGCCGAGCUGGCUCGCUGAACCAUUCUGCUACGCCAAUGAAAAUGACCCGUGCUGUGUCGAGACGUACGAAAGAAACCACUGCAGAGGCGGCCCCGGGAUCUUGCACGUCGACAGCCGCCCUGUGGAGACUGUUACAUAUAACAUGUAUCGCCCCGGCUGCCAGCUCCCCAUAGCUACCAUAUUGUUCGGCGGGUUUCCCUGUCCGUCUUUCAGCAACAACGGGAACAAGGAGGGCUUCGACAGUGCAAAGUAUGGGCAUCACCUGUAUGAGAUUCUCAAAAUGGUCAUCCGUCUGCAGAACCCGGUCGUGAUCUUAGAGAAUGUCAGCACUUUCGCCACGAACGAAGACCUCGAGGGGAUCGAGAUGGCACAAAACGAAUUCGAAGCAGCUGGCUACCAGGUGAGGUCAAAAAUCUACAAAGCGGUAGACUUCAACCUGCCCCAGAAUAGAAAGCGAUGCUUUAUCGUGGCAGUCCGCAAGGACCUCGCCACAGGCCCCUUCAAAUUCAAGGAGCCACCAGGCCGCUGUCAAGACCUUGCCUUGACCGACUUUCUGGACCCUCCGACUGUAAUCGAGAAUCCAAGUCAAUACACAUUAUCGAACGGAGUUUGGGUACCAAAUUCGAUUGGGAAGAAGGGGCGAUUGGUGCUGAAGUGGGAUCCCAGGACACUUGAGGAGAGGACGAAGCCUUCGGGUAUUGUGACGAUCGGACAGUGGCUGCAUGAAGGUCAGACAGAAGAGAAUAGCUAUAAAAGCGGCAGAAUGGUAUACCACCACUCGGGGAUUGCCAGCUGCCUCAUAACUGGCCCGGACAAUUGGUAUCAGGUGCCUGGCCCGGACGGCAAACACGACAUUAUCCGCCGGCUGAGCCUUCGAGAAAAGCUCAGGAUACAGGGUGUACCUGAGGACCUCCGGGUCCUGGGGAAUUUGAAGCAAGUACGGCAGCAAAUCGGGAACUCAGUUGCUCCUCCGAUCGUUGAGUGGAUAAUCGCAUCGGUACAAGAUCAGUAUCCGGCCAUUUGGACUUCUGCUAUCCACUCUACCACCGAUGUAUGGCCUUAUGUCCAACAAAGAUACCAGGAUCCGGAAGAGAAGGCUUUAACACGGCGAAAGCUAAACAAUAUGGCACAUCGAAAGCAGAAUGGUCGAAUACGGCGGAAGAAGCAGAGAGCUAUGAAGGGGGAGGACAAGAAUCCAGGGGCGCCAAGUUUAGAGGAUGUGGAGCCUGAACACGCAGAGACAGGUGCCAAUUUUUCUGCAGCGAGAAUAAAGCAGUUUAAAGCCUUGGAGGAGAAGAUAGAAGUUCUCGAGAACAUGCUCGCAGAUCUAAAGGUGGAAAGCAAGCGGUUGAUAAAGGCUCGGGACGGACCCGAAAUUCCUCAGGUGAGCAACAAGUGA